CCACACCAGAGGCCAGAGCUGUGCUGUCUCAGCAAGCAAAGGGCAAAGGAGGCAACGAGAUGCUGUAGGGACUCUGACUCUUGCUGCCAGGCUGCAACAAGAGGAAGGGACAUUCUGGCCCCCAACAGGUGAAAACAAGAGAGGAGCAAGGCAGGAAGCACAAAAGCAAACCUCUCUCAUGAAGGAAACAGCACAACUUCAAGCACAGCUUCAAGCACAGCAUACCAAGGAGGAACAGAAAUCCCAAGCAGAGCAGAGGGGAGGAGUGGCUUAGAGAAAAGCAAAAGCACCCCACAAAGCACACAGCCAAAACACCACCCCACAAAGCACACAGCCAACCUACCCCCGCAAAGGGGAUCAGCCCAAGGCUUCUGCCUCUCCUGGGGCAGCUUAAAAAGGGGAGGUCAAUUGAAGUCUCUUCCCACCCCAGCUGUGGCCACUUUGCCCUCCCUGCUCAGUGCCCUUUAUAAGCAGUGCAGGAGGAGCCCAGCCCCAAGCUGGGCCCAUUGCGGGCCAAGGGAUCCUCCGCCUGGCAUCCCAGCUCUCUCCAGCAAGCAUGGCAUGAGCUGAAGGAGCAGCAGGAGCAGCAUGGCCGUUCCCCAGGCAGCAGGAGGGUUCAGCCCAGCACCAGCUCAUGCGGGAGGAGCAGAUGCUGAGGGACAUCCCCCACGAGACGCAGGUGGCCAAAGAGGCUGGGUCAGCGAGCUGACCAUCCGUACUACCGUCGUCUUGAAUGCCUCCAACCAGCAGUGUUUGCUGCCAGACAGACACCUGGAGAAGACAGAGGACAUGGUUAAGUUCAUGAAGGAUAUCUUGGAUGGUGCUGCUGAAGCACAGGCUGGUGAUGGACUUCUGCAACGAAGCAAGAGAGUCAUCUGUGAGGCCAAGGCUGCUGUAAUGGUAGAGUUCAUUGCCUAUUCAGUGAGGUGAUGUUCUUGUCAGUCAAGAAGGACUUAGUUGCAGAGGCUUUAGAAAUGCUUUGAUGUAAGCUUGUUGCCAUGCUGUGCCUAGUGUAUCUAUUGUCACUAUUUAGAACUAGGCUUAAACCAAAUGAACUUCUUGAAUAAAACAGCCAAUCAUG